AUGUCCGAUCAAAGAGUUUUUGCUAGAUAUAAAGCAAAUGAAAUUGUCACUGAUCUGCAACAUUUUGGUGUAAAGAAGUUCAAAUCAAAUACCACAAGAAAAAAAAAUGCUCUAAGGAAAAUUAUCGCAAAUUUGAUGCUAGGAAAUUAUGGCGAAAUGUCCCUUUUAUUUUCUGAACUUUUAAAAUUCUGGCAAAUCGAAGAUGAUUUGGAAGUGAAAAGAAUUUGUCAUGAAUAUAUUAGAGUGAUGGGUGUGUUAAAACCCCAACAAGCCAAAGAGGCACUGCCUUUCAUAAUGGACGAUUUUAAAAGCAGAGAUGAAAAGUUAAAAAUUAUGGCAUUAAGAACUUUGGUGCUAGUUCCCUUGAGAGACUUUUCUGAGCAGGCUUUCGAUUGUAUCAUUUCAUUGGUAAAUCAUAAAAGUCCACCUGAAGAAGUGACAAGGACGGCGAUUUAUGCACUUUUAGAUCUGGAUGAAAUUGACCACGAAAGAGUGUUGGGUUUAUCAAGCAUUCUACAGGAAAUUGUAAGAUUACAAUCAAGUUCUCCAGAAGUUGUUGUGGCUGCAUUGCAUACUCUGUGUUCCAUUCACGAAAAAAAUGUUAACAUGGAGCCCUUCAGACUUUCUUUGGAACUCGCCUUUAACAUGCUAGAGCUUUUGCCCGAAUUAAAUGAAUGGAAUAAGGCCACUGUAUUGGAAAUUUUAACAACUUCCGUUGUACCGCAGCAUUACUUAGAUACGCAUGAAAUGAUCGGACUAGCUUUGCCAUACCUGCAACAGGUAAACACCUAUGUAGUGUUGAACACUUUAAAAUUUAUCAUGUAUUUACUGAAUUAUAUUGAUGUCAUCAAAGAGAGUCUAGCCGAAAAAUUAUCUAAUUCGGUAAUAGCUUUACUAGAUAAGCCUCCAGAACUACAAUUUUUAGUCUUGAGAAACGUUAUUCUUCUUCUAUUGAGUAGGGAGUCAUCUUUGCUUAGACUAGAUAUUUCGUAUUUUUUCAUCGAGUACAAUGAUCCUAUAUAUAUCAAAGAUACGAAAUUGGAGUGUCUAUAUCUUUUGGCUAACAAAGAGACUUUGUCGAGAAUCCUAGAAGAAUUGGAACAGUAUGCAACAGACAUCGAUAUACAAAUGUCAAGAAAAUCAGUCAGAGCCAUUGGCAAUCUAGCUGUUAAAUUAGAUGAAGAUUCUGUACAUGAUUGCGUUACUGUCCUUUUAGAUUUAUUAGAAUUUGGCGUUGAUUAUGUCGUUCAGGAGAUCAUUUCUGUUUUCAGGAAUAUCUUGAGGAAAUAUCCUAAUAAUUUUAAGGCAAAUGUAACAGAAUUAAUUAAACAUACCGAAGUCGUACAAGAACCCGAAUCUAAAAACGCCAUGAUUUGGAUAAUUACGCAAUAUUCGGAUAUUAUUCCAAAUUACUUGAACUUGUUCAAAGUCUUUUCUUCUAGCAUGUUUACUGAGACGCUAGAGGUGCAAUUUUCAAUCCUGAAUUCCGCAAUAAAAUUUUUCAUCAGAAGUCCGACAGAAGAAACCGAAGAACUUUGCAUGAAUUUAUUGAAAGGCUGUACUGAUCAGGGAAAUAACCCUGAUCUAAGAGAUAAGGCCUUUAUGUAUUGGAGGUUACUGUCAUUAACGAAAACACCUUGUAAUUCGAACGCACUAAGUUUUGAAUCCUUAAAAUCAGUAUUAGAUGGAGAAUUGCCGCUAAUAGAAAUGAACACAAAACUGGAUCCUACUGUUUUGGAGGAGCUGGAAUUAAAUAUUGGUACAAUAGUAUCAAUCUACUUAAAACCUGUUUCCCAUAUUUUUAGGUUGAAUAAAACCAAAUUACUGCCACAAAGUCCUAUUCUAAACACAAAUAAGGCUCUCUUACCAGUUGACAGUAGUUCGUUUUCACCAACUGGAGCAAAUGGGGACCGGCAAAAUUCAGAAAGUCAAUCUUCGACGAAGUCCAGAAAGAGUGCUAUGAUGGAUGAUUAUGAUAAACCUGCCGAGAAAAUCCAUCAGUUGAAAGGGAAGCGAAAAUCUAGUUCGAACAAUCCCUCAAAGCUAUCACGAAAGCCUUCCACUCUACUAAGAAAGCUUUCUAUGAAGCGCCCUUUUUCAUAA